AUGGCGCUCGUCUUUUUUGGGAGGCGGCAAACGGUUUCAAUUCUUGACUGUUACUUAAAGCGGAAUCUUGUUAAAAACGGAGGAGUUCUCGAUGGUGUUAUAUUUGUCGUCCGAACGAAAGAUGCAGCGAACCUGGCGUUAUUAGAUAAGAUGGUGGCGAGCGAGCCGGCAUACGAGAGGUUGCCAGUUAACCUCAAGUCCGAGGGAUAUACGAGUUCUUAUGAUUUCAUCCAAGACGACGUGAUGUAUAUCAAGAUGGACGAUGAUAUUGUAUAUAUCGAAGACACAGCGAUCAAGGCCAUUGCGAGUGCCAAAGCGUCUCGGCCAGACGUUUACAUCAUGUCGGCUAACGUCGUUAAUCAAAUUCUCUUCAGCUGGCUUCACAGAAACUUUGGCGCUGUGAAGCCGUACCUCCCAGAACUCACCGAAAGACCGGCCGAUAACGACUCUGUGCCGCUCACGGACUGGAGAACGUCUGUGUUGCCAUCAUGGGAAGGACCAGCGGAUUUUCAACAAGAGACUUGGAGCACAGAGCGGCAUCCCAAUCAUAGAUGGCUUCCAGUGAGAGGGAGAAACGCAUCAUAUCCUCUAAACGACACACCAAUAGCCAAGGUGGACUAUACCUAUGGCUAUUCUCAUAAACACUGGCAAGUAGCCGCGCAGGAGCACUACAGUUUGCUGGAAAACCUGGAGAAGGAUGAAUUAUGGCGAUACAGGUUUCCUACCUGGGAUUUUCAGCUUAAGCGAAUGGGUAUCCAAUUCGUGGCAAUGAUGGGUAAAGACAUAAACCUAGCGAAGCCAAUUCCUCCCGAUGACGAGCAUCAUUUUACAGUGGAAAUGCCAACACGGCUUGGACGACAUGCCGCAGCUGACGGCACCGGAGUCGUAGCUCACUUCUCUUAUGGGCCGCAAUCAGGCAACCCCGGCGUGCAAAGUACAGAUCUUUUAGACAGAUAUAGAUUGUUCGCUCAAGAGAACAUAUGCAGAGGGGAUUUAUUAUGGACACCCCGAGACGAUUCUAAUUCAUAGAGGUAAAGUAUUAUUGGAGUAUAAAAAAACAGCGUGACUAUGAAAACUAUUAAAAUCAGAAUCAACAGUAAUGUGAUCUUUGGUGUAGACGGCAC